UGUCCUGUAUGAACAUAUGCAGUGUGAAUACAUAAAUGAUAAAUAUAUGUAUAAACACUGUCUAUACCCGCAUAUGAUGGAAUCCAGGUGUAACAAAAUUAAUUGUUUAUCCAUUGAAGUGAUUCAAAGGAAUACCAGGGUAAAAGGGUGCAGCCUCCAAACACUUAUUAUACCUCUGGCUGAUGAACAGCACCCCCAUCUUCCUUUAAUACAGACCGUCCCCUCCCUCUGACUCCAACCCCCCCUUUCUCUGCUCGAGGUGCAUUGUGGGGAGGAAAGUCGUUGCCAUUCGACCUCUGCGGGGCCUGCGCGGACGCACUGAGAACCCUGAAAUUCAUCAAGCCUUUAAAACCUUUAUUUAUUUCCGCAUAACCUACACACUCUCACCGGGAGGGCCGGAGCGGUGAAAAGACACGACGACGCCUCAUCUCUUACGGGAAACAUCGUUUUGCACAGACGUUAUUAUUAUUUGUUGUUGCCGUAAAGAGGGGAUACUGUUGAGAAAGUGAAGAUUGUCAUAGAUAUUACAGAAAAAUGUCCGGUGAGAGAAACCGCAGGUCGUUGGCUUUCCGGGGAGGCGGAUUAGCUGGGUUAACGGGCUCCAGCAGUGGCAUCGGCGGGGGAAACUGUAACAGCUGGGAGGCCCCGGCCUGUCAAGAUCGACAUUUUAACGGGAACAGACAGGAUCAGGAGGAAGACCGGGAUCUCGGAGCGAAAGGACCGUCGCGCAGGAGAGUUAUGGGCGCUGGAUCUGUCAGCGACAGCACGGAACCUGAAGCGGAGGAAGAAGAGGACCCGGAAGGGGGCAGCUGGGCAGCAGGGGACGGCGACAAUCGCGUCGGCUCGGUGGAAGCACAGGAGGAGGACGGUUCCAGGGAGGGGAACAGCAGGAGCUGGGCGACAGGGAACGGUCUCAGCAACGCUGACGCGCAGGAGUCUGGUAGCGGAGACACGGGAUCCAGGAAAUCUGGAGUAGAGAUGAGACCACAGACGUUGCUUCAGAAACACUCGCUCUUCCACGCGUCGUGGUUGCAAGAAUUUCCGUGGCUUAAAUUUUGCCAGGAGACGGGACUCAUGUCCUGCUCCUGGUGUCACAACAUUGCCACUAAAAACAGCGACGAGCUGGUGAAAGGCAGCCGGAACUACAAGCGGGCCUUGCUGCUGAGACAUCACCUGUCCUCUGAGCACGGCAGGAAUGACCCCACCAAACAGGAGACAAUGAGGCCCUCAGAGAACGCCAGUCCCUCCACUAACUCCUCAGAAGAAGAUUAUCGCAACAAACCCAACGAGAACUCCUACUGUUACCAGCUCCUCCAGGAGCUGGACAAGCAACGCAAAAAUGGAAUCCUCUGUGAUGUCAACAUAGUUGUUUCCGGCCAGGUUUUCCGUGCACAUAAGAACAUCCUGGUUGCAGGAAGUCGCUACUUUAAAACCCUCUACUGUCUGACCAAAAGUGAGGCCCAGGACCAGGCUACUGUCACACACCUAGAUGUUGCUGCUGUGCAGGGCUUCUCUGUCAUUCUUGACUUUCUCUACUCGGGGAAUCUGCUGCUUACAAGCCAAAAUGCCAUUGAGGUGAUGUCUGUUGCCAGUUACCUUCAGAUGACAGAGGUAGUUCAGUGGUGUAGGGCUUUCAUUAAGGAUGCCUUGAAUAUCAGCAGCAAGCAGGAGGCUCCAGAUUCAGUAGUGGUAGAUUACAACAAACGACAGACGGUAGCCAAAGAGGGACACAGAAGGCUGGACCGGAAGCCAAGCAACUUCUGGGCCACGAGCAUCCUGUCGAAGCUGUCCAUCCAGGCCAGCAGCAACCAAGGAAAAGAAGUGGUGGACGAUAAUGAAAACGGCAGGGUGAAGGAGGAGCACAGCGACAUUGAGGUGACAGUGGUCGGAAGCGAGGGCUGUGCCCUGGUGACCCCCGGAUCCUCGGGUAGCUGGACCCAAAACAACGACAAUUCGUCCGAUUCAGCAGAGACCAAUGAAACACAGGCGGCGAGCGACCAGGCGCAGGUUUUCGUCUGGAACGAGCCUCCUGAAGGUGGUGCUGCUGCAGCACCUGCGGCAAUAAAGCGAGAGGCACCAGACGCUGCCGCCGGUAGCGGGCGGAGGAAAAAACAGGCAACCACUAGGCGUUUUGUCUACAACUUCCCACCAGAGCCUGAGGAGGGAUUUGAUGAGGGGAUGUUCGUUCAACCUUCAGCUUCCUACCCAAGAGAGGACUUUUCCUCCCUCUCUGAAAAUGCUGAGUUGGCCAAUCAGAUCCAGUACAGCAUCAUUCGAGACCUACAGCAAGGGGAGUCCUGGGAGAAUGGUGAGUCCUCACACCUCGCCCUCAAUAAGCUCAAGUGCCCGCACUGUAACUACAUCGCCAAACACCGGCGCACACUCAAGAGGCACCUGAUCAUCCACUCGGGCGUGCGCUCGUUCAGCUGCGACAUCUGUGGAAAGCUGUUCACCCGCCGCGAGCACGUAAAGAGACAUUCCCUGGUGCACAAGAAGGACAAGAAGUACAAGUGCAUGGUUUGCAAGAAGAUCUUCAUGCUGGCCGCCAGCGUCGGCAUCCGCCAUGGCUCACGACGAUACGGUGUGUGUGCAGAUUGUGCCGACUCCCAUCAGGCCACUCAGGAGGGCCUGGAAGGCAUGGAGUUCCCCCGAGACGAAGACUUCGAAGGCGAGGAAGUGGAAGACCUGGAGGGGGAGGAGCCUACCGACAAUGACCAAUCAAAUUGGGGUGAGGGCAACACUGGUGGUGCCCCGGACAAGGACUGAGAAGAUUAACAAGCUUAAGAAACAAAGUAGAAAGUUGAUGUUUAAUAUAUAUGUAUACAAAAAACUAGCUGGUAAACAAUCAACUCCAAAGUGCUAUCAAACCUUGCGGUUACUUAAUUGUGCAAGAAUAUGACAAAGAGAUGGAUAAAGCUAAAACAUUGCUUUCAUAGAGUGGAGACUCUUGAGAUGUACAGACUUUAUUAAUGUUAAAAUGUGUCCAACUCUGGGCCCAGAGCCCACAAGAGAAAGAUUCUAAUGACUAAUAAUAUGAUGAAUCAGGUUUUUGGUGAUGUAUUUUUAUUUUCUUGUUUGUUUUGGGGGAGGGGCGGGGGUUGAAAUGUGGGCUGGGUGAUGACGUAGUUUUUGAGCUGGGUUAGUCCAAUCACCAUAAAAGACAAAAAAGAGAUGUUAAUUAUUUAAUUUAUGAAGAGAGGUUAUUAUGGUCUUAUCAAAUGCUAAAAUUUUUGAUUUUUGUCUGCAGCAGCCGACGCAGCAUGGCUGCCGUUUUCUGCUCAGUCAGCGAGAGUUAAACGCUUGGUGCUUUUAGAAGAGCAGUUAACGCCCAGAGGAAGAGUUUUACGUUACUCUGUAGCCCGUGUGUAGAUGCGCUAAAUAUUCUAUUCUAUUCUUUUCUCUUUUGUUUUCUUCCUACCCUGCAAAAAUCUUGGAACCAAAAAAUCUGUUUUGUGACUCUAAUGUAUUACAGCCAUAUUUAUGACUAAUUUAAGAGGGCUGUGAUAUGAUGCCAAACAGACAGCACACCGAGAUUUAGCGGGAUACAAAAAAAACUACUGAAUACGCUUAAGUGAAAAGAAGACAAUGUGCGGUUUAUGUCAGGCGAGAGGAGGAGGAUUAAUUUAAAAUAGAAAAAAAAAAAGCGAAAGUGCAAGGGGAAGAGUUAUCGCUAGCUUUAUACAAAUCACGGCGUCACAGUAACACUUUAUUAAAAGCAUUUGACUUUCACUUAAAGCUUGAAUUUUUGCCAAAUGAUAAAACGUUUGGUGCUGUAAUGCUCGUUGCAGAAUACUGGACCUACAGGCUAUAUAUGAUGUUUAUAAUCAUGAAGCUUAAACUGACUCAGUUAUACAUGUAUGUAAUCAGCUUAAUCUAUAGAACACUGUUGUGCUACGGCGACUAUCAGGUAUGCUUUGCCAUUAUUUUUAUGCGUUUUCAUGUUUUCUAAUGUCAACACACCCCCACACACAGACAUGCCAUUUUUGUAGUACUACCGACAGUACUUGCAGUUGACAUUUAAGGACCUAAGUGGAAACUAGGGCUGUCACUUUGCAUCCAUUAUUUAACAAUGUGUUCAAACGUUGUUGGUAAAUGUUGACUCUUUGUUGUUGAAGUCAUUUUAUAGUGCAGUCCUCCAGCAGAGGGAGCCAAUGGCAGUUUUGAGUCACUCUUUGCCUAUUUAAAUAAAGAAGACACACAGUGGACAGACUACACUGUCUGACACCAAAAUUAAGGUAGAAAGAGAAGUUGAUCUGAAUUUGCUGUUGGUGCAGAUUUGUCAGUGAUUUGUGGAGUACAUGCUUCCCACAUGAGUCGGUGUGCAUUUGAAAUUAGUGUCCAUUAUUUUGGAAAAAAGCCAUAUUUUAUCAUGGUGCGUGGGGUUGUAGCGUUAGCAUUCUAUGUUGAAUCUGCACAUCACAGCAUAGGUGUCUAAAUUGGCUCGAACCUUCAGUGACAUUUUACUGCCAGGACCAAGCGGUGUGAGAGUGUUUUUAAAGGCAUAGUGUAUCAGCCAAAAUCUGUUUGAAUGUUGUUAAAGAAAAGUGACAGCCCUAGUGGAUAAUCCCAAAUCAAUCUCAAUAUAUGUUUUGUUUAUAUUUGGUACUAAUUUAUAAGGAAAAUUACAGUUUAUAAAUAUAUAUAUAUAUAAAAAUAUAUAUAUAUAUAUGUAUGUAGAGAAUCACUUGAACGUUGGUUGUGAGGGAGAAAGUCAUGACGUGUGAAGCUUUUAGUUUGAAAGGACACAUUAGACGUUUUUGGUUUAAUUUGAUGUAAAUUUAUUUUAUUCCUUAUUUUAUUUUAUUUUAUUUGUUAGGUCUGCCAGGUAGAAAAACACUUUGUUCCACAAAAAGUGAAGCUCUAUGGCACCUCUUAGACAUGCACUUACUUUUGCGUUCAUGAAAAAAAAAACACAUUUAUUUUUUCCUUUUGUGGCUUUUCUUUUUUGCUUCCCCAAAAGCGGGUCUGAAUGGAACUUUAUAUUAAAAAAACAACUGUUGUGUCUUUCUUCCAAUGCACAACUUUUUUUAUUAGACAUUUUGUUUUGUUAUUUAAUAUUAUAUAUAUAUUGACUCCAAAAUGCAAUCAAGACUGUUAAUUUCUAUUUGUCCAACCAAAAUUGUUGUUUCUUUUUUAAUUAUUGUUGAAUUAUAAUGUAUGAGAAAAGCCAGGUGAAAACUUGCUUAGUGUAGAAAAAAAAUCCUUGCUCGUGUCUGUAAUUGUUGAGAUUUUUGAAUUGUUUAUAUGCUACCGAAUCAUUCACUUUACCCUAGAUGUUAUUCUUUUUUCCACAGAUGUUUCCUUCUUGUUUUUGUUUUUGUUUUCAUUAAGCACAUAUUUUCUAAAGAAACACGGAUUGUUUGCGGGUUAAAACCUGGGAACAGCAGUAUCUGUUCAUAUGCAGUGGAUCAUGUACUGAAGUGCUAAUGAUACAGACAAUGUGGAACUUCCCUUUACUCGUAGUGGAAGCAGAUCUAUUUAAAGUCAGAGAUGCUCGUUCUCUUGGUGUCACUUUUAUCUUCGAAUCACUGUGGGAGGGGUUAUAUUAUGGAUAUAUAUAAGUAUAAAUAUAUAUAUAUAUAUGUGUGGAGACUAAAUGAGAGAAAUAUAAAUAUGAAGAAUAUAUUAUUUAACUUGUAGUUUUACUUCAAUGGAAAACAUUGACGGGCAGCCACACACCUCCUGACGUGGCAGGUUUAUUUUCCAUGAACUUAAAACCUUCCGCUUCCUUUCUCUCCUCUCUGUCUCUGUUCACCCUGUGUGCUCGUUCAUUACCAUCCUGUUGUCUUGUUUGUUCUUUUGAUACUACUUCCUGUCCUACUGAUUCUACUGUAACUGAUGAAAACUACGAUGGAUCACUUUUAAGAUUUAAUGCUGUAUUUGUUAUACGGACGAAGAGAAAACCACACAAAAACACUACAGAUGUAAAAGCAGAGGUUUUUUUCUCCCCAGCUGUAUUUUUUUACGCUGUUGCAAAAGGUUGUAUUUUUCAACUCCUCUGGAACUUUGACAGUGAUGCAAAACUGGGGCCGCACCACAGUGCCCUCCGAACACAGCGCAAAUUCAGGUCACUCUUUUUACGUUUUUAUCAAAGGUUUUCGAAGAUGAAAUGACAUUCUCCUCUUUUUCUCUCUCUUUUUCUGAAUUGUACUACUGUUCCUCUCUCUACUACAUUUUAAAAAUAAAACUUUGAUAUUGCUUUAA